AGCACACGACCACGACAUUGACAGCACAUAAAUUCCUUGGGCCUGUCUCGUCCCUGGGAUUUCCUUGUGUUACCGUACAGCUAGGUACUUCGUACGAGGUGUACAUACAAUACAUAUACACCUCCCACCUUCCUUUCUCGCUCAAUAUUCUUACGAAAAGAAAAUACCCCACCAUACCUGCAAAUGGAGCAAAGCAAGCACCUGCACCUCAAGAUGUCUUCCCCAAUAGUUCGCUCGACCAUUCAAUCCUGCGUCCUGGCUGCGUUUAGCAAUCUGACAGCUCAGAUUAUCACGGCGUAUAGAAGUGAGGUACGUACAUAUUAAUGGCACUCUUUUUGCAGAUGAAGUAGGGAAGAGUACUGAAUAGAUGAUGUGAUAGGCGCCGUAUACGAUUAAUUGGACGCCGAUUGUGCAGUUUAUUCUCUUUAAUGCUUUGAAUUGUCCGCCUAAUUUUCUUUGGUAAGACACCCUCUUCUUCUUUUUUAUAGAUAUUCUAUUCUGUUCGCAAGCAGGAUAACAACUAACAACCCCAGGCAAUCCUACCUCGAAUCCGCCUUCCCCUCAACCACCACCAAACCCCUCUCCCCCCCCUCCUCCGAAAAACAACCUGAAGUCAAAACCUGCUGUNCAGGCAAUCCUACCUCGAAUCCGCCUUCCCCUCAACCACCACCAAACCCCUCUCCCCCCCCUCCUCCGAAAAACAACCUGAAGUCAAAACAACCCUCUCCCUCCCCAACACCCUCACCAAAGUCGCCCUCGACCAAACCCUCGGCGCCGCCCUCAACACCCUCAUGUUCUCCUUCGUCAUGGCCGGCUUCAAGGGCGCCACCUUCCAGGAAGCAGCGCUGAUCGCGCAGAAAGAAUUGUGGCCGUAUAUGCGUGCGGGCUGGACGCUGUGGCCGGCGGUUAGUAUGUUCAAUUUU